AGGCCGCCGGUCCGGCGCACACAGAACUCCAUUGCCCGCCGGUCCCCGCGGCCCAAGGCAUUGCCUCUUCCUGUUUGGGUGACUAAUAGUCCGGCGGCCGCGAAUUGCGAGGGUUUGGAAAAGGGUCUACGCUUUCCCGUCCAGCUGGCCUGCUCAGGGCUUCCCUAGUGCUUAGAAUCUGAGAAAAAUGGCAAAUAUGGAUAAUGAUUCUAGACAUCUUCUCAACUCUGAAGUAAAUCAUGAAAUAAAUCCUGGACCUAUGAAUAUCCAGUUUGAGUCAUCAGAUCUAAGAUCUAAAAGGCCUUUCUAUAUAGAGCCCACAAACAUCGUCAGCGUGAAUGAUGUCAUUCAGAGGGUUAGUGACCAUGCCUCUGCUAUGAACAAGAGGAUUCAUUACUACAGCCGGCUCACCACUCCUGCAGACAAGGCCCUGAUUGCUCCAGACCAUGUAGUUCCAGCUCCUGAGGAAUGCUAUGUUUAUAGUCCAUUGGGUUCUGCAUAUAAACUUCAAAGCUGCACUGAAGGAUAUGGUAAAAACACCAGUUUAGUAACCAUUUUUAUGAUUUGGAAUACCAUGAUGGGAACAUCUAUACUAAGUAUUCCUUGGGGCAUAAAACAGGCUGGAUUUACCACUGGAAUGUGCGUCAUCAUACUGAUGGGCCUUUUAACACUUUAUUGCUGCUACAGAGUGGUGAAAUCACGAACCAUGAUAUCUUCAUUGGAUACCACUACCUGGGAAUAUCCAGAUGUCUGCAGAUAUUAUUUUGGUUCCUUUGGGCAGUGGUCAAGUCUCCUUUUCUCCUUGGUGUCUCUCAUUGGAGCAAUGAUAGUUUAUUGGGUGCUUAUGUCUAAUUUUCUUUUUAAUACUGGAAAAUUUAUUUUUAAUUUUAUUCAUCACAUUAAUGACACAGACACUACACUGAGAACCAAUAAUAGCAACCCUGUGAUUUGUCCAAAUGCUGGGAGUGGUGGCCAUCCUGACAAUGGCUCUAUGAUUUUCCAUGCCAAUGACACAGAAGUCCAACAGUUUGAAAAGUGGUGGAAUAAGUCCAAGACAGUGCCGUUUUACCUCAUAGGGCUUCUCCUGCCACUGCUCAAUUUUAAAUCUCCUUCGUUUUUUUCAAAAUUUAAUAUCCUAGGCACAGUAUCUGUUCUCUAUUUGAUUUUUCUUGUUACCUUGAAAGCUAUUCGCUUGGGAUUUCAUUUGGAAUUUCACUGGUUUAUGCCAACAGAAUUUUUUGUACCAGAGAUAAGAUAUCAGUUCCCACAGCUGACUGGAGUGCUUACUCUUGCUUUCUUUAUUCAUAAUUGUAUUAUCACACUCUUGAAAAAUAACAAGAACCAGGAAAACAAUGUGAGGGACUUGUGCAUUGCUUACAUGCUGGUGACAUUAACUUAUCUCUAUAUUGGAGUCCUGGUUUUUGCUUCAUUUCCUUCACCACCAUUAUCCAAAGAUUGUAUUGAUCAGAAUUUUUUAGACAACUUCCCUAGCAGUGACACCCUGUCCUUCAUUGCAAGGAUAUUCCUGCUGUUCCAGAUGAUGACUGUGUACCCGCUCUUAGGCUACUUGGCUCGUGUCCAGCUAUUGGGCCAUAUCUUCGGUGACAUUUAUCCUAGCAUUUUCCACGUGCUGAUUCUUAAUCUAAUUAUUGUGGGAGCUGGAGUGAUCAUGGCCUGUUUCUACCCAAACAUAGGAGGGAUCAUAAGAUAUUCAGGAGCAGCUUGCGGUCUGGCCUUUGUAUUCAUAUAUCCAUCUCUCAUCUAUAUAAUUUCCCUCCACCAAGAAGAACGUCUGACAUGGCCUAAGUUAAUUUUUCAUAUUUUCAUCAUCAUUUUGGGUCUGGCUAACCUGAUUGUGCAGUUUUUUAUGUGAAAACGGUUUUCUUAAGAUCUUUCAUGGUAUUUUGAGCCUUGACAAUAGUUCUACAUAAACUCACUUGUAAAUGCUAUUGCUGCUGUAAUUCUAAAUGUUUUUCUAAAAUAAUUUGAAAGCAAAGGUCUAUUACUAAGUAUUUUUUAUUAGAGUGGGAAAAGGAUCAAUAAGAAUGAAUAGUCUCUUUACCUUUAUCAUAUUCACUUACCUCUUCAUUCUCAUUUGUCUUUUUUAAGUAGAUAUAUAGGAAAAAAAUCAUAGGGUGUCCUGCUUAGAAAUAUAAGGUAGGUGGAUUUAUUUUAGCUAUAAUAAGGAUUCUCAGGGUUUCACAGCAUUUGCUAGCAUAUUACUAGAUCCUGUUUCUGCUUUAUGUUUCCAUGUACUCAAUUUCAUUUUCAUUUUCUAGAGUAUGUCUAUAGGCUUAAACUUCUACCAUUUGGGACUGUAAACCAAAUACCUCAUUUAAAAAAAAAAAAAAUGCUUCCAUGGCAUCAGUGUUAAUAGAAUGAAUUCUUAACUGAAUCUUUAAUCUCUGUUUGAAGGGCAAAAAUUUAAAACAGUGUUAGUAUGAGCCUCAUAAUCAGAAAAUUAUGCAAAAUGAAUUAGGAGAGUUUGUAGCGUGUCUGACUCCUCCUUUAUUUCUAACUCAUUUUCAGUUUUGUAGGUUGAAAUUAUAGUUGCCCAAACCAGGUUUUGCAUUGGAGCAAGAAUGAUUGUCCCCAUAGACUCAGGGGACCCUUCUGCUUUUUGGAUCCCUGAAUUGCAGAGGCUGUCAUGACAGGCCCAAUGGGGAAAGCAUGGGCAGAGAGAGGCAUAUGAGGCCAUGCAGGGGAGAAAAGGAAAUGGAGAAGAGGCCUGGGAAGGUAAGGCUCUGCCCAGCAUAUCUUGACUCCUCUGGGAGUGAAAGUGGUUUCUCUACCACAGAGAAGGAUUCAUUCUGUUUAAAACACGACUUCCAAAAGGAGUCUGAAGUCUGGCCAGGCAGAGUUCAAUCCCCAUAAGAAAAACUUACAUCCAAAAAAAAAAAAAAAGAUUAAGAAAUCUGGAUUCUUAGAAUUAAGAAUCUUUUUUCUCUGAUUUUAGGCUAAAGUUCAUAAAUGUGUUGAUAAAGAUUUCACAUUCCAGGAUAAUGCGUAGAUUUGUAUUAUUUCCUUCCCUGCAAAAUAUGGGUAAAAUCAUAUUGUAUGCCUAGUAAGGAGCUCCAGAUUUAAGACCAGCCUUAAUUUCUUUAAGCAAAGUUUUCCAUUCUAUUCAUUGACCCAUAUGUCUAUAUUAAUGAUAAUUUAUAAUUCCUGAAGCUUUUUUAAAAGUCUCAUUAUUAAAAUUCUCAAACACACAUAAAAAUAGAAUAAUAUGGUACACACCUACACAUCCAUACGCAGAGUUUAGUAAUUGCAAGGCUUAGCUGCUUUUGCUUCACCUGUCCUUUUUGUUCUUUUCUACUGAAAUAUUUUUAUAGUCAAUCUCAGACAUUAUGUCAGUUCAUUUCUACAUAUCUUAACAUAUGCAGCUAAUAGGCUUUUAAACUUAGUUACAUUUAUUAUGGAGAUAGUCUCAAAGUUUUUGGUAGCAGAAACUGCUGGUAAAAAUUAGGUCAAUUGGAAAAUUCUGUAUUAGAUGUCUCAAUUCCUGUGUUAACCUCUCCAAGUAUAAGGAAUGAAGAAAUGACUCUGCUUGAGAGCCUCUGGAUUUAUAUGACUUACUCAGUUAAGAGAUAUAAGAUGCAACAACACUAGAGAGAUCUUCUAGGCUCAAUCCCUAUUUAUUCCUAAUUACUUCCCUUCUCUUUAUGAACUUUAGAGAUAAAGUUUUCAUUGCCUCUUUUCGAAAAUGUACUUGAAUGCUUUAACACAUGCAAAAAUGAUUUGAUGUGUUUUGCCCACUUAAUGGACAAAGGAAAUAUGACAAUUUCUAAAAUCCUGUUAGAUAUAUGCUUAAUGGCAUAAGAGACUAUCUCCUUUGGCCUGUUAUUGGCAUGGUUAAACUCUUUGUAUUUGAAUGUGUGUGUCCUGGCUCACACAUUAGCAUAACAAGAUAUGAAAUCAUUGGGAUCACAUGACAAUUAAUUUGAGAUUUUUCUCUACUGUCUAUCAUCUCUUUGAAUUUUCUAAUUAAGUUUCUUUCACUUUUUGCUCAGAUGAGGUUAACUUUAGCUGCUUUGAAGGUAGCUUUUUUAACAUACAACUGAAGGACACUAUAAAAUUUAAAAUGGUUUCUUUAGAGAGGUCUUCCUUAGAAAUUCUGUGGAAGAAUAUGUGGCAUAUGCCAAUACUAAAUUAGAAAGGACAAAGAAAAUGUAACUAAGUUUGAUACCUGUGGAUGAUCAUCUGAAAUCAAUUUCAUGAGCAAAUCCAAAAACUCAUGGGAGUACAAAAUAAAUUUAUCCAAAAAAAGAGACUAUAUUAUAUGGAAAUGCUUUAUAUACAAUAAGUAUAUUUUGUAAAUACUAUGUAAAGUCUAGUAGUACACUUUUUUGUUUCUCUUUGGAGUUCACUGGUAGAAUUUUUUGUGUUUUGAUAUACUCAUUUCCAUAAAUAUUGAAUAAACUACAAUGUUCUGUGCUUUGGAGGAGACAGAGGUGUAUAAGACAUCAUUCGUGUUCUAAAGGAACUUUCAAUCUAGUAAAGGACCUGUGUUCACAAUAAUGAAUGUUGCAAUACAGUUCAUGCUGAGCACCUUUGGUGGGCAUCCUAGGGUGGGUUGGUAAAGCAAGCUGAAUUAUGAAGCAACAGGGCCCGUUGUCAAGCUUCUCCUAAUAACUGUCCAAAAUUUAAAUUUUUUUAAUAUUUAUUUUUUAGGUGUAGAUGGACACAACACAAUGCCUUUAUUUUUGUGUGGUGCUGAGGAUCGAACCCAGGUCCCACCUGUGCUAGGCGAGUGCUCUACCACUGAGCCACAAUCCCAGCCCCCAAAAUUUUAAAUAUUUGAUAUGUUUGCCAGCAAACGGAAUCAUAUGUUAAGUAUAUUUGCUUUAACUUGGAUAAAUUUCCUCUAAGUCAAGUUUUACAAGAUGUGUUUAACUGCUUCUUCAUGCUGUUACUUUUUGCGUUCUUAGCACAGUCUGUUAUUCACUUCUGUGAGUCAUGCACAGCAAAGCCAAAUGAUUAAUAGGGGAAAUAAUUAGAAACAUAUUGGGUGGUACAAACAAAAACAUUCUAUAUAAUUUUCUGUCAGGCUGGGCAUGUAACUCAGUGGUAGAGCAGUUAUGUACCACAUGUGAGGCCCUGGGUUCGAUUCCCAACACACACACACACACACACACACACACACACACUUUUCUCCAGAAAUUUCACAUGUUUAAAUGUCAGUAUUCAUAAUCUCAAAUGUUUGAGCCGUUGAUAACAGCAGGAAAUAUUGAUGCUAUAUAUUUUCUUUACAAAUCACUGACCUUUUGCUUUUUAAAAUCUGGUAGUUGUUCUGUUUUUGGUUUUAUUUUGUGCUUUGGGGAAUGGAUCAAACCCAGGGCCUUGCACAUGCUAGCCAGCAGUCUACCACUGAGCCACGUCCCCAGACUUUGUUUUUUUCUCAGAUUCAUCCCAAUUGGAAUGUCCAAAACCAAAUUCAAAUCUAGUUGACACUUAAACAGUAGAAUGUGACAUUAGUUUGUAAUCCAAAAUAAAAUUAAUCCUCUUAAUGCACCCAAACUGACCUGACUGGCCCCAGUUUUAUACUUAACUGCCAUUUCACUUCAGAUUAUGUAAACACAUAUUGCAAAACAGCGCUGAUGGGAACCUCUUAACCUAAAUAGUAUUCUCUGAAAUGUAAUUUGUUUUUUCAUAGGAAAGUAGAAAUUAAAUCAGUAUUAUUUGAAAGAAAAAUAUUUCUGGGAUUUUGUUUACUUAAUUUUUGCUGGGAAAUGCUAUUGUCUCCUUGCUCUGGCCCCAGGACAAGAAAACCUUAGGUUCCAUCUUUUGCAGGGUCAGACUUCUCAAUGACUAUGACACUGCAGAUAUGCUUGGUCCUGUUUCUAGCAAAAUGUUGGUGUCAUCAUUUUCCAGAGUCCCUUAAGCCAAAAAAGGCCUCUAAAUUUUUGACAUCCCUAAGUAAAAUUACUUUUUUUUCCCCAACAUAAUUUUUAUUGAUUUCCAAGUUCUUCUGAAAAGGUAAAAUAAGGCUAUGUCUUUUUAAAAGAUUGGAAACUUCUCCAUUCUCUUUAUUGACCUCAGACCAUAUAGUACAGACCUGGGACAGGGGUGAAAAGGCAUUCACUCUCCAGAUUUUUCUUCCUUUGGUUCUCUGUCAAUACCAAGUGAUCUAGGCACUCAGUUUACACUUGUUUAAUUAACUACACAGGAUUCUUCUUUAGUAGAAAAUGGUAAGUUAAUUGCUAUCAUCUAGGAUUUUAUUCCAUACAUCUUCCCCUCCAAAAAUAUUGGGUCAGUCACAUUCAAAGUUAGUCACUCAGUUAAUAUUUGAAUACUAACUUCAUGCUAGAUCUUGUACUAAACACUGAGCUUACAGUGGUGAACAAGCCAGACGUGACCCUCACAGUUUGUCAUCCUUUGCAACUGAGUCGACCGUCUUCCUUAGGUAUCACUGAAGUUCCCACCUCCCUGUCUGUUGAGUGCCAUGAUGAAGCCACAUCAUACACAUUUUAAAAAGAUAUAUAUAGGAUAGUGAUGCUCACUUUGUAAAGUGAGCCGUGUUUAUCAGCAUAAUAUUUUUUCAAAUCCAAGGUUAAUUAUAAUCACAUUAAAAUUAGGUGGACAAACCUGGAAGGUGCCACAGAUGAAUAGGUGACUUUUGAGAUGAUGGAUUCUAGGUGAAUCAUUUUUGUUCUUGCUUUGACAUUUGCCUAGCAAAUUUUUCUAAAAAGAUGUCUAGGAUAGGGCUGGGGAUGUGGCUCAAGCAGUAGCGCGCUCGCCUGGCAUGUGUGCGGCCCGGGUUCGAUCCUCAGCACCACAUACAAUCAAAGAUGUUGUGUCCGCCGAGAACUAAAAUAAAUAAAUAUUAAAAAAAAAAAAAAAAAAGAUGUCUAGGAUAAAUCAUGGCACAGAAAUCUUGUGGAAGUAUAUCAGCACUCAACCAUGAGGUAGAAAACCUUCAAAUGGAUUACAAAGAGCUUUGAUUACAGGGACAGAUUCAGGUUUUAUGGAGCCCAAAGCUUAUAUAAUUUGGAGUUCCCUCUUUAAAGAAAAACAUAUAAAAUUAGGAGCCCCAAAUUAGGAAGGAGCCCAUAGAUGUGAGGAACUCUAGCUUUAGCUUUUUUAGCAUUAAAAUAAAUCACACACAAACCAUUCUAGGAAGAAGGGAAAUGUUUGAAAGCUGAAGAAGGAGUAAUCCGGAAAUGUUUCAGGCUCCCUAUUCAAUGUGUCAAACUUUACAUUUCUCUGCCACCUUUAAGAACUGUAUCUUUGCCGAGUACAUUGGUGCAUGCCUGUAAUCCUAGUGACUCUGGAGGCUGAGGGAGGAGGAUCGAAAGUUCAAAGCCAGCCUCAGUAACUUAGUGAGACCCUGUCAAAAAAAAAAAAAAAAAAAAUUGGCUAGAGAUGUAGGUCAGAGUUAAGUGCCCCUGGGUCAAUCCCUGGUACCAGGGACAUUUUUUUUUUUCCGACUGGAAAAUUUUUACCUGGCAAUGGGUUUUGCAAGCUAUUAAUAUUUUGUUGUUGCUGUUGUUGUUGUUUUAAUUAAUCUCUACAGAGAUAACAAAGAAUUCAAAGAAUGCUGUUUAAUUUUCAAAUAGUAGUCUUUGUCUACCUUAGGGAUGAGGAAUGUUUUAAGGGCCAUUGAUAAAGAAAACAAGUUACCUAGAGCAGAAUUAAAGUAAGGCAACAUUUAUUUAUUUAUAUUCCACCUUGUUCCUGAAAGGAAAUAUUUUUAUUCUCUUAAAGAAAAUCAACUUUAAAGGACUAACUUGAAGACUUUUUAGAAAGCAUUAGAAAUUUAUGAUAUUCCUUGAAGAGAGAAAACGAAAACUUGAUUCAAAUAAAUAAUUACUCCUCAGUGCCAUAUCAUUUAUAAUCCUGUACUGUAGAUAAAAGCCAAUAUUUAAUGCACAAAACUUUCACUAAUUAUCCUAGAUUUGGAAGUGCAAAGAUAAAAUCAGAAUAAGUACCAGAUUUCUCUUUAUUUAAUUGAAACUAUAGCCCUUCCCUGUAAAAUCUUUUAAUGCUCCAGUAGAAAAACAGGCAAGGGCCUUUGUAACAGAAAACUGGAAAUGAACAUGAGGAGAAAAAAGUUUAGCAACAAAUGACUUCUAGAUAGAUUUAUUUGCAACACACAAUCGCAGAAACGUUAUGCCAACUGAAAGAAGCCAACUGCAAAAUAACUACACUUUGUAUGUUUCCAUUGGUAUGAAAUCACAAUAAAGGACAAAUUAUAGGAAAAAAAAAAAGUAGAACAGUGGUUUUCUAGAACAGAGGUUAUCCAUGGGUAUAGGGGAACUUUCUGGGGUGGUAGAAAUGUUUUAGAAGUGGAUUGUGGUAUUGGUUGCCACUGUACAUUUACUGAAAUCAUUGAAUUGCACAUUGACAUUGCUUGAAUUUUAUGGUAUGUAAGUGAUCCCUCAAAGCUGUUUUAAAAAACUCAAACUCCGAGAGGGAGCUGGGGUCGUGGCUCAGUGGUAGAGCGCUUUCCUGGCACGUAUGAGGUGCCACAUAUAAAUAAAUAAAAGAUCCAUUGACAACUAAAAAAAAAAAUCUAAAAAAAACAAUUCAACCUUAUUAGUAGGAAAGGAAAAAUAAUGCUUUCUACUUGGUAAAUAACAAUAAUACCCUGACAAAGAUGUGGAAAGCGUACGCUUAUACACAGAUAAUGGGUGUAAAAGUGGUGCGGACUUUCUGAAAGUAAUUUGGGAAAUUUAUACUAAAACCUCAAAACGGGGCUCAGUGGUUGAGUGCUUGCCUUGCAUGUGUGAGGCACUGGGUUCAAUCCUCAGCACCACAUAAAUGAAUGAAUAAAUAAAUAAGAUUUUUAAAAUAUAUAUUUUUUUAAAAAGACCUCAUGUCAUUUGACUCACUUCCAAAGGAAAAUCCCAAUGAAAAAAUUGGACAAAUGUGGUCAGUCACUCAGAGAUGUUCAUCUCAUUAUUAUAUGUAAUGGAAAAAUUAGAAACAGUUGUCUAAUGUUAGGAGAUAAAUUAUGAAAUCUCCUUAUCAAUACUAUGUAGCUAUUUAAAAUGAUGAUGCUGAUGUAUAUAUGUAAUAAAUGUCACAAUGAUGUUUAUAAGGGGGGGGUUACAGUUAAAUAUGUAGAAUUAUAAAAAUAUUUGUUUAUACACACGCAUAGAAAAAGGUCUGGAAGUUUAACAGUUAUGAACACUGAUCACCUCUGGGUGCACCUUUUUAUUGUUUUUUGUUUAUCUAUAUUUUAUAAAGUUUUUAAGUAAAAUGUAUCAUAUUCUGUGGGGGAAAAGCAAUAAAAAUUUUUUAUUUAAAAAUAUCUUUCAUUGACUUCUCAUCACUUAAAACUGUAGGGACCAUUUUUGAUAUUAAGAACGUCCAGAAUGGAAAGUUCUGGGCUGGUGGGUGGCUCAGUGGUAAAGCACUUGCCUGACAUGUGUGAGGCACUGGGUUCGAUCCUCAACACCACAUAAAAAUAAAUAAAUAAAACUAAAGGUAUUGUGUUCAUUAAAAAAGAACAAAAAAAUUUUAUUAGUGCAUUAUAAUUGUACAUAAUAGUGCGAUUUGUUGUAACAUUUGUACAUACCCAUAACAAUAUAAUUUGGUCAACUUCAUGGAAUAAAAAUUCUUCAUACACCACAGUA